UUUACAGCGUUCUUGUCGUCAUGUCUGAAGAGCACCCGGUACUAAAGCCGAAAAAGCGGAACUCGGCCGAUGCUGAGAGUGUUGCUGAUACACCUGCUCCAAGGAGUAAGAGGGGCAAAUAUACCUCUGUUGCUUGUGAUGAUUGUAAGAAAAAGAAACUCAAGUGUAUUCCCUCAGAGGAUAACACGUGUGAGAGAUGUAUCGCCGGUGGCUUGACGUGUACGUUCGCGACCAGCACACAAGCUACCAAAGAGAAACCCGAUGAAAAUCAAAAUAUUCAAGCUCUGAACCAUCAAUUAUCAGAGCUUCGUCAACAAAUGUCAGAUCUUGUCGGCGUCGUCCGCGAACUCAAAGACCAGAACCAGAGCCAACACCAAAGCCAUCCCCAAGAUGCAUCAACCGUAUCAUCCCACAACAUAGUAACCCACUCACCCGCCAGCACCCACCGCGGCGAAAUGCCCAAACAGCCCCAGUUCGUCGGUCCAACGCGUUCAGCAUUCGGUAUCCUCGUCAGCGAACGCUCGCUAAACCGCAUGGGCGUGCCCAAAUUCGACUCAAUGCCCCCCAGCGGCGCCCAAUCUCCUAUUGAACCAGUCCUAGACUCCAUCAACGACCUAAGUUUCUGGCACUGCUGUACGGCGAGUGAUAUCACAAAGUAUCUUGUUAAUUUCCAGGAGGAGGUUGAAUCUGUGUAUCCGUUUAUUGAUAUUGCGGAGUAUAUCGCGCAGUCGAAAGAGAUAUUGCAGGCGAUUCGUGGUGGGGGGUUGGGGUUUGAGGAUGAGGGGAAGGUGAGUAGUAAGGAUAUUGAUAUUGCAAAGGUGGCGAUAUCGACGGGGAUAUUGUUGGAGGAGCCGAGUAAGCUUGAGUUGGCGACGGCGAUUGUGGACUCGGUUCAGACGAAUGUGUCAAGCAUUCUGAGUCCGCAGGUUGAUUUGAAGGAAGUUCAACUUUUGGCAAUGCUGAGUAUAUACUACUUCCACGCAGGCGAGGAGCUAUUAGCGUGGCGCUCUAUCGGAAUAGCUGCGCGCCAAGCUCUGGAAAUGGGGCUUCAUCGAAAAAGGAGUCUUUUGGAUAACUUCAAAGACACUGAUUCUCGCCGCCUAGCUACACGGGUGUUUUGGUGCGUGUACGUGCUUGAUCGACGAUGGAGUUUUGGAACGAGUCUAUCGUUUGCGCUGGUCGAUAAGGAUGUUGAUCCAGAGUUGCCGAAACCCGAUGAAGAGUAUUUGUAUCUGCAAUGCAUGGUUGGAUAUGGCCAGCUAUGCUCUAAAAUCUGGGAAGCUAUUCCUCCCUUUGGAUCUGCCUCACAAACCAUUCCGGAUGAUACAGCUGCUAUUCUUGAUCUGAAAACUCAAGAUUGGUUGGACUCUAUUCCACCUCAUCUCCGACUUCGUCAUCCUCGUCUUGGUCUUGCACCACGAGCUCAACCUCGACUGCCACAUCGCCUCCGUGCUCUAUUGUACCUCCGUGGCAAUUACGCCCGUAUCCUGAUUUAUCGGCAUCAUUUGAUGAGUACAGCUAGCAUAGCUGCAAACCCGCAGAACGCAUGGUUGGUAGUCGAUAUAGCGCAGGAUACCAUUCAAGUCUUGGUCCAUCUUCACGCUACGACGGAUAUCUACAAACGACAGCAGAAUGUCUUCAACUACUUCCUGCUAAGUGCUUUGGCAGUCAUCUUCCUAGCAGUCUGUCACGCCCCAGAUAUAUUCUCCGUGCCAUGCAAACGCACCUUCUCAGACGGCGUUGAAUUAGUCAGAGGAUUAUCACGGCACAACAUUGUGAGCAAAAGACUUUGGAAGAGCAUUCGCGGUAUGAUUCCCCGAAUGAACACUUUCGGCUUCCCUCAAAACGGUGAAGAGGGUGAGGCUCGAAAGGAUGAUGAAAAUGGGCACAACGGGCCGACAAACGAACAGAAUGCUCCGCAAGUCGAAGUCAAUGCAGCAGAGCAAGUCCCCAUGGCAAUGCCCGAAAACGAGUCUUUCUCCUUUGGCGACAUGAUGUUUGGCGACGCAGACGUGGCAAACUCAGUACCGGAUAUGUUUCAAAUGAGCGAAUCCCUCCUAAAUCUCUUCAACGCAUUCGGUGAAGGACAGCAAUUCUUACAUCCUGUUCCAAGUACGUUUAGCGAAGAGGGAGAGUAUGCUAUGGCUGCAGAGCAAGGGAAGGAUAUAUCCAUGAGAUUCCAAGGCUUAAUAUGA